UAAAUUAAAAGCCGGAGCUACGCAGCCACGUUCGUUUGUGGUUUUUACUUUUCGUAGCGCUCUCUCUCUCUCGCGCGCGCGCGGAGAAAAUCCGAAGCUCAUGGACACAGACAAGGAAGAGUUUCUCAAGGAAUUCGGUGCGGAUUACGGGUACCCAAACGGUCCCAAGACCAUCGAUGAAAUCCGAGCUACUGAGUUCAAAAGAUUAGAUGGUCUUGUAUACUUGGACCACGCUGGCGCAACUUUGUACUCUGAGUUGCAAAUGGAAGCAGUCUUUAAAGAUCUCGCCACUAGUGUUUAUGGAAAUCCUCAUAGCCAAAGUGACUCCAGCUCUGCUACUUGUGACCUCAUGAGGGAGGCUCGCCAACAGGUCCUUGAUUUUUUUAAUGCAUCCCCAAAGGACUACAAGUGCAUAUUCACUUCUGGGGCUACUGCAGCAUUAAAGCUGGUUGGGGAGGCCUUUCCAUGGAGCCGGCAGAGCAGUUUUAUGUACACGAUGGAGAAUCACAAUAGCGUACUCGGGAUCAGAGAAUAUGCUCUUGGUCAAGGAGCUGCAGCCUUUGCAAUAGAUAUUGAAGAGGCUGUGCAGCAUGUAGUAUCAAGAAGCACUGUAGUGCCUGUCAGGGUAUCCCAGCACCAAAUACAAAGGAGAAGUGAAACAAGAUUCCGUGAGAAGGAGCCAACAGGUGACACAUAUAACUUAUUUGCCUUUCCCUCAGAGUGCAAUUUCUCAGGUUUGAGAUUCAGCCUUGACUUGGUGAAGAUUAUUAAGGAAGAUUCAGAGAAAAUCUUGGAAGGCUCUCCGAUUUGCAAAGGGUGCUGGAUGGUACUGAUUGAUGCGGCAAAAGGAUGUGCAACCGAACCACUAGAUUUAUCAAAGCAUCCUGCAGAUUUUGUUGUUAUCUCCUUCUAUAAGCUAUUUGGCUAUCCAACUGGACUUGGAGCUCUCAUUGCUCGAAAUGAUGCUGCAAAGUUAUUGAAGAAAGACUACUUUAGCGGAGGCACAGUUGCUGCCUCAAUUGCUGACAUUGACUUUGUUAAAAGAAGAGAAGGGGUUGAGGAACUGUUUGAGGAUGGCACCACUUCAUUCUUGAGCAUAGCAUCUCUUCGUCAUGGGUUUAAAAUUCUGAAUUCCCUAACCAUAUCUUCAAUAUCCCGGCAUACAGCAUCACUUACUAUGUAUGUGAGGAAGACGCUUUUGGCCUUAAGGCAUGACAAUGGAGCCAGUGUGUGCACAGUAUACGGAAGUGACAGUUUAAAGGUAUCAUGUCAUGAGUGGGGUCCUAUAGUCUCAUUCAACUUGAAAAGGCCAGAUCGUUCUUGGUUUGGAUACCGUGAAGUGGAAAAACUGGCAUCUUUAUCUGAAAUUCAGUUACGGACAGGAUGCUUUUGCAAUCCUGGAGCAUGUGCAAAAUAUCUUGACUUGUCUCACUCAGAUCUUCUUUCAAAUGUUGAGGCUGGCCAUGUUUGCUGGGAUGACUAUGAUGUAGUUAAUGGAAAACCAACGGGAGCUGUAAGAGUGUCCUUUGGUUAUAUGUCAACAUAUGAAGAUGCCAAGAAAUUUAUUGAUUUCGUGAGAAGUUCCUUUGUAUCAUUGCCAAAUCAAACUGGAUGUGGGUAUCACUUUAGAGAAAUGUCCAUCCCCUUUCCAGACGAAGGUCUUGGAAGCAGACUCUUGGCUGGUAGUUUCUACCUUAACUCCAUUACCAUCUACCCAAUAAAAUCAUGUGCAGGAUUCAGUACAGAAAGUUGGCCUCUGAGUAAUACUGGUCUGGGAUAUGAUCGUGAGUGGCUUCUUAAAAGCUUAACUGGUGAAAUUCUUACACAGAAGAAGGUUCCAGAAAUGUGCCUUAUAAGUACUUAUAUUGACCUCCAUCAAGGAAUACUAUUUGUAGAGUCACCACGUUGCAAAGAGAGGCUGCAGAUCAACCUUAAGUCAGACUCUUAUAAUGGUAGUGGAGAAGAAAUUUGUUUUCGUGGCCAGAGAUAUGAAGGCCAGGGUUACAACAAUGAAGUCAAUAUUUGGUUUAGCCAUGCAGUCGGGCAACCUUGCUGUUUGUUGCGGUGUUCGAUGUCCACCAGUUAUUACUUGAAUAAGAGCAGAAGUGUGGGAAUGUGUAGGGAUGGGCAGAGCAGAUUGAAUUUUUCCAAUGAAGCUCAGUUCUUAUUAAUAUCCAAGGAGAGCGUAUCUGACCUAAAUAACAGAUUAAGUUCAAAUGUAAAGAAGGGUUCUUUUGGAGUGCCAGUUGAAGCCAGUCCAAUGACAUUUCGCCCCAACCUUGUCAUAUCUGGAGGCGAACCAUAUGCAGAAGAUGGAUGGAGAAAUCUUAAAAUUGGGGAUAACAAAUUUACAUCGCUGGGUGGAUGCAACCGUUGCCAGAUGAUCAAUCUUGUGCACAAAGCUGGACAAGUGCAGAAGUCAAAUGAACCUUUGGCUACUUUAGCAUCAUAUAGGAGAUCAAAGGGGAAGAUUUUAUUUGGGAUACUACUGAGAUAUGAGAUUGAUGAUGGAGUAGAGCAAGAACCUGAGUCGUUGCUUCAAGUAGGACAAGAAAUACAUGCAAAUUCGUUUUAGCUUUGAGGAAUCAGUACAAACACUGCCUGUGCCAUCUGGAGAACGGAGUUGGCAAUCUGUUUCUGGAACUUUAGAAGAGCAUUCACAUUAAUCCAUAAUUGAUCUAAUAAAUCUCUCAGAAUCAAGGUAUACUGAAAAUUGCAUUGCAACAUCAGAAAAGGGAUAAAUAGGUUACUUGUCCUCCACAGAAGUAUUCAAAAAAUACUCGUACAUUCUUUAAGCAAGUCAGAAAAGGGAUAAUACAUGAUUCUUUGAAAAUUUGUAGCUUCAUUCUUUUUGUUUCUGAUGAUGCUGUAUGAAAGAAAUUGAUGGAAAUAUGGUUAUAAAGAAUUGUGUUUUUUUUAAAAAAAUAAAAAUAAAA